AGAGAUGAUUUAUCAUGAGCACACUGGCGACAGAGGAACAGAAAUCAGCCGAUGCUUUCACAAAGCCAGUGCAUCUGAUGUGAAAGUUUUUUUAUACUGCGCAAAACGAUUAGAAUACAGGUCCACGCGUGGGAGAGCACGAGAGAGAAGACGGCGUUCAGUUUGCAAGUGGGAAGCAGCGCAAAUGAAGCGAUGGAGACGGAUGUACUGGUGGUGCAUGUGAUAAAUGCAUGAUUGCAUGGACGCUUUUCCCUCGAAUUCAAACGGGCUUGUACGACAAAUCUAUGCACUGUUGAGUUAGAAAUAUAGCAUGCUCUGUCAGGUUAUGAAUAUGCCGUGAUAAUGCGGGCUGGUUUGUCAGGUUAUUAUUUUCAUUGCAUGUUCAGAAAUCUAUCAAGGCAUUUUUACAAUUUGUUAAAGUAAUACAGAUAAUGGCUUCCUGAUAAGGACCAAGCGACCAGUCCAGAGUGCCAAAUGCAAGUCUCAUAGAGGGCAAACUGGAAUUGGAGAUGGAAGAAAUGCAAUUCACAACCCACUUUUGGAGGCCUCGAUCAUACUAACCUCAGUCUGAACUGCCGUUUCCAGCACCACGGACAGCGACCAUGAACAGGCUACGCAGAAAAGCGUGUGUGGCUCUUCUAUUGUUCACUUUGUUCAUUUUUGGUACUAUGAUGGGCCUACGAACCCUCAAACCCACUGAUGGCUUCUCGGAUCUUGCGCCAGGAAUGGAGUUGAUGCCUUUGAUUGGAGAGCGAAUGGACCAGAGACCCAAUCAAGUAGUUGAAUCAGCAGGUCAAAAUGGUGGCGGGGGCAGUGACACCAAGAUACUGUUUUCCAACUCUGGUCCCGACCACAGCAUAUUCUAUGACAUUCACAUCUUCUAUUAUUUAUGGUAUGGCUCGCCACAGAUGGACGGUAGUUAUAUACACUGGGACCAUGUACUGGUACCACACUGGGACCCCAAAAUAGCUGCCAGUCACCCAAAAGGACGACACAAUCCUCCAGACGACAUUGCAUCCAGUUAUUACCCUGAACUGGGACCCUACAGCUCCAGAGAUCCAGAUGUCAUUGAAUCCCACAUGGCACAAAUCGAAGCGGCGGCUGCAGGUGUGGUGGUCCUGUCCUGGUACCCUCCUGAUGUGGCAGAUGAACAUGGCAAACCCACAGAGGAUGUAGUGCCAGCUGUAAUGGACGCUGCCCAUAGACACAGUAUCAAGGUUGCGUUUCACCUGCAGCCCUACAAAGGCCGGACAGACCUCACUGUGCACGACAACAUCAAAUACAUCAUUGACAAAUACGGGAAACACAGGGCUUUCUACAGGUUCAAGUCCAGCACUGGGAAGAUCCUUCCGCUCUUUUAUGUGUACGACUCCUACCUUACCCCACCGGAGGCCUGGGCUGAGCUGCUGACCGUCAGAGGCUCUCACAGUCUCCGAGGAACUCCUUACGAUGGCAUCUUCAUCGCCCUCAUUGUGGAAGAGCGUCACAAGCAGGACAUCCUGACUGGUGGGUUCGACGGCAUGUACACCUACUUUGCUUCGAAUGGCUUUUCCUUUGGAUCUUCUCACCAGAACUGGAAAGCGAUCAAAGCGUUUUGCGACAAGAACAACUUGCUGUUUGUGCCUAGUGCUGGACCUGGUUAUAUGGACACUGCCGUCCGGCCGUGGAACAACCACAACACACGCAACAGAGUGAAUGGACGAUAUUACGAGACCUCUUUGCAGGCAGCGAUGUCCGUUAGGCCUGAUAUCAUCACAGUAACAUCAUUUAAUGAGUGGCAUGAAGGAACUCAGAUUGAGAGGGCCGUGCCUAAGAAGACUGUGGCCCGUCUGUAUUUGGACUACAAACCCCAUCAGCCAGACCACUAUCUGGAGCUCACCAGGAAGUGGGCAGAACAUUUCAGUAAGGAGAAAGAGCAGUGGCUUAUGUGAUUGGAACUAGUAACGUCUCACUAUUGUUGAGUUUUGGGUUUAGAAUGUUUUCAUGUUAUUGACGUUAUCAAUGUUACCGAUUACUGUCUUUCAAUUUAUGCAUACAUUUUAAAGGCAGCUAAUUAGCAAGAACGAGCCACCUUCUUGCUCCCUUACAUAAUGUUUAAAAAAAACAAUGAAUGAGAUCUGUCCAAAAAUGAAAUUUGUGUUUUGCAUUUGUCCGUUCUCAUUCAGUCAAGUGCAUAUUCAUAUAUGGGACAUCACGAACAGCCCAAAACAUGUGAGAACGAAUGCUGUUUGCCAUCGCUGACAUCAAACCUGGCACGAAAUGUCUUGAUGUGCCAUAUUUGAGUGGAUAUGACUGUAAACACAAAGUUAGUGCACAGUUAGUAUGCCUUAAUGGAUUUUAUGUUAUAAUUUUUUUCUCUGUCUUGUUUUAUUUUGUCAUUUUUGGACCUGAGCAGCAUCUAUCCUCAUUCCCUAUCAUUGUAUGGAGAAUAGAAGCGUGAACAUUGUGCUAUAUGCCUCCUUUUGUAUUCCAAGUGUGGAUUGGAAGUACAUGGUCUGAGUGAAUUUGGUAUUUUAGCUAUUCUUUUAACAUUAGGCAUUGAAUCUGACUUCUGCUAGCGGCAACAGUGAAAGACAACUCAGUAUUGAAAGACUAUACCUUUAUUGUGUGUUUGGAUGACAUAUAUAAAUGGUUGGUGGUUGUGGAUAUAGAUUGUUUGAAUAAUGGCUGAUUUAUUAUCUUAUUUAGUCAAUCCUAAUUAUGCAUAUUGUAACUCACAUUUAUUAUUA